UUCCCUAUGUCGCUGAUUCAGCGCAGUGAUGCUGUAUGCAAUAAAUCUCUGGAUCUAUCAGCCACGGUCAAGGAAGCGCGGUAAAAUAAAUUUGGUGGUUGGACACUAAACAGUACAACACUAACGUCUUCGCCCGCAGCCAUAUGCUGCCAUAUCAACCAAGUCUGCCUCGAAACUGCACCACCCCGCCUCUCGCAAAAGCGAUCCUGCCCGAUUUGGGAAGACGACUCUACAUUUCUUAAGCGCCAUCCACAGAAGCCGCUGCUCAUCCAAACCCCAACAUUUUCUUUCCCACGUCUCAACAAGCCAUAGAUUAGCUGCACAUAUAACCGGGGAAGGCGCCUGCUAGGGAAACAGUUAAGCAGUUCUCCAUGUCCAUCUUUGCCUGCAUCAAAUACUUUCAGAAGACCCUGCACUGAUGGCCCUUGCGAACUUGACUCAACUUCUCAGCUCCUUGAUCACUGCAAAUCAUGUCCUUCAUUACCAUGGAAUCCUCGACGCAUAUGGCCAUAUCUCUGUCCGGAACCCGAACAACGUUUCCAACUUCUUCCUGUCCAGGGAUCUAGCACCCGCACUAGUCUCCUCACCCAGCGACAUCGUCGAGUAUCGUGUCGAAGAUGCUUCAGCUGUUGAUCCUAGCCCUCCCGCUGGCUAUAUCGAACGCUUCAUUCACAGCGAGGUAUUGAAACGAUAUCCUACGGUCAACAGCGUGAUCCACAGCCACACUCUAGCCGUGAUUCCGUUUGGCAUUACAGAAGUGCCACUGCUACCUGUGGACCAGACGGGUUCUGUCUUAGGCGAAAAUGCUCCGGUAUUCGAGAUCGCCGACUAUUUCCUUCCUUCAGACAGUCACACCCUAGUCGUUCGCAAUGCUCGCUUUGGUGCGGCCCUCGCAUCUCUUUUCUCCAAUAACGGCUCCGAAAACACCACUACUCCUACGAACAAUGUGGUUCUCAUGCGUGGUCAUGGCAUGGCAGUUAUUGGACCCGACAUUGUGGCAGCUGUUUUCCGAUCCAUCUAUACUCGGAGCGUCGCGGAUACCCAGAGAGACGCCCUUAUUGUAGCGGCGCUGGGUGGUACUGAUGGACAGCCAAACAAAGCAGGCAAGGGCGGACUGAUCCGGUACCUGUCUGAGCGGGAGAAGCAUAACAUUAUCACGCUUGGCACAUCAUUCUUCAAACGCGCUUGGGAAUUGUGGGUAAGGGAGGUGGAGGCAGCUGCGGCUGGACAGUUGUACCAGAAUAGUUUCGGCAGCCCGCUGUAAGAUAUCAGCCGAAGCGGGGUCCCGGGAUCCGGCGCGGCGCGCGGACAUAUUCCGCACGUUGCGCCAACCUCGACUCGCAAUUGCCUCUCGCGGCCUGCGAGUGCCGGGAACACAUUGCUCCGAAAGAGCAACGCAAUGUCGCAGCCCCUCACCAACAUAAUGUAGUUGUUGACUCUGGAAGCAAGCCAUGCCUUUUUGUUUCUGUCGCC